AUGGUGAACGGUGCGCUGGUAUAUGUCAAGCACGAAGACACAUCUGAUUCGGAUCGAAUCCUUCUUGAGCCUAUACGUCCCGUCCGUGCGAUUCAAUACGAAGCCAACGAUGCGCGAGCUCGGGCCCUUGAGAUGGUCAACGAAUUGGCGGGCAGGAUCAACACGCUCCCCUUGGGAAGCAACUUGAGGAAGGACGAGUUCACAAAAACAGUGACGAGGUCAGCUAUCCAAUUGGAUGAUCCAGGAAGCUGUUUACUGAAGGCGUUCAGCCUACGAACACUAGCCGGGGCUCCUAGCAAAACAUUGAUUGCGUUUUGUGGCCCCACCGGUGCCGGGAAGUCAACCUUGAUCAACGCCCUCCUGGGUCUCGGCGAAAACGUCGUGCCUACUAGUGCGAUACAAGCGUGCACCGCUGUAGUAACCGAGAUCGCCUACAAUCCAAACCAGGGUUUGAAGGCCGAGAUUGAGUAUCUGACGCCCGCAGAGUGGAAGGAGGAGGUGAAUGUCCUCCUUGAGGAUAUACGCGACCCAACAAACAGCGACACUACGGAAGAGGUCGAAAUUGCACGAGCGAAGGUGAAGGCGGUAUUCCCUUCGGUAUCCCUGAACGCAUUGGAGAAAAUGACUGCGGACGAAUUACUGGCAAAGAAUUCCGUCCUCUCGUCCGGGGCCGUUCUUGUCGACCUCCCUGGAGCUGGCGACAGUAAUGCCGCACGUAAUCGCAUUGCUCAGAGCUACAUGACGAGGGCGGACAGGUUUUUCAUCGUGGCACCCAUUGCACGCGCUGUCAGCAACAAGGUCGCGGCAGAACUUUGCGGGGAAGCUUUCAAAAGCCAGCUCAAGAUGGAUGGAAAGUACCAUGCGCACGCCAUAACAUUCAUCGCGACCAAGUGCGAUGACAUCCCUUGUCAAGAAAUCAUCCGCGACCUCAAACUCGCGAGCAAUCCCGACCUCAAGGCGAUGGAGAAGCGUAUCAAGGAUGCUCAAGCUAACCUGAAAAAGUGGGAGCAGACGAAGGCGAAUUUCGACACGAGCAAGAAAAAUCUAGAUCAUUGCUUGCGGCUAGCAAAGGAUCGGUUUGAAGCAGCGCAUGUAUCCUCGAUCACAACUGUCUCUUCCUUUGCGACCCUCAAUCGAGCACCAGACGGUCUAGACGGCGCUUUGAAACGCGCACGGGGCCCGGUGGCGGAGACAUCCGCCGCAUCGUCGAAGAGACAAAGAUUAGAUCGCCCUGCAGGCUUACUUGAUUGUGACGAACAGUGCUCAAGUGACGUCCAGCAGAACCCGCUCUUGACGACGCUUUCGGGCGAGAUCAGGCAGCUGAAGGACGAGCUCCUCCAAGUCCUCCGUGCAAUCGAGUCGGCGGAUAUUUCCAUCGACAUCGCAAACAGGAAACGUCUUGCUGCUAUCGCGGAUAAGGACACCUUUUGCGCAGCUAAGCGCUCCGAGUGGGCGACGGCCAAGCUACGGGGACAGUUCCGUGCAGGUUUGGAGGAAAUGGAAGUCGACGACAUGGUCAAUGACCAGUCGGUGCCGGACCGUGUCGAUGACGAUCUUGCCGUAUUCACCGUGUCAGCUCGGGCCCAAAUCGAGAUCGAAUCGGCGGCACGCAGGGGCGAACAGCAUACACUCGGACAUAUAAACACACGCAUCCCUGAACUGCGCCUCUGGAUCGACGCAAUCACUCGACCGACGCGAGAAACGGUUGCGGAGCAGGUUCUUCAGCAGACGAAGGAUUUCGCGCGCUGCAUCGAGACAUGGAUAGACGGUAUCCCUGGCGUAAGCCUUGGUGAUCGGGAUCGGUUGAAAGCAUGCUGGCGGUCGAAGAAGAGCCCAGAGGGCCCCAAGGGGAAGAACCAACUUUCGCACAGGCAACUCUUGCAGAGGCGUUAUCAGUCGAGCCCAGAGACGGCCAUCAUCCCGGCACUCCUCAAGGUCUUCCAGGCGGUCGUCGAUGGCUUGACGGGCGAUAUUUCUGCGCGCUUUGGAAAGGGGCUGAAGGACAAGUGUCGAGCGAGUGCUGGCGCAGCUGCAGCAGAGGUCGUAAAAAUCUCCGAAGACUUUGCAACGCGCAUCCAUCACCUGACAUAUCGUGCUACUAUUCGCCGCAAGGGGCUGUUCCGGAAGGAUCUCAAUGCUGAGCUUGCUGUGCCAUUCACAAGACGUAUCGCCCGGUCUUGGUCCGACGCGUUCGCUUCGAACCUUCUCGGGACGCUAGAGGAACGAGCUGCAGCGCAGAUAGAGCUUCUGCUCGGUAGGGUCGUCGCUUCAGUUCCCGCGUACCUCCAGCCACGCGCGCAGGAAGUGGUGCGCUCUAUCAUGCGCAGUGCGCGUCGAGAGUUGCGUAGCGUGCGCGCGCUUGUGCGAACUGCGUUAGACAAGCUCAAAACCGAUCUCAGCCAGUCGCUGAGUCCGCUUGUUCAAAGCCAACUUGCAAAGGGCUACGAGGACGCGUCAUUGGAAGUGGGGCGGGGCAGCAGUCGGCGACAAAAGGCCGUCUUCAAUGCAUACCUGGAGAUCAAGAAGCAUUCACUGUUUAUCGACACUACAACCGCCUUGGAGAAACGACUCGAGGACGUGUCACAGGUGGUCGGCGAGACACUCGACAAGGCGCUCGAAGGUGUAGCUCGGACGGUCGAGGUGAACGUCUCUAUACUCUGGGAGGGCUGUCCGUUGGAGGGCGAAGAGGACAACAAGGCGCGCAUGGAGACCAAGACAUUGCUCGCGGACACUGUUGCAGAGGUAGACCGCUGGCUCGAUGCCAAGAAGCACCGGGAUAAUAGGCUCUCCGGAUCCGCCAGCGCUAAACCCAGGCAGCUCUCCACCACCUCCCGUUCAGCUCGGUAUUCUGUCCCACUCUGUUUCUGGGCCCCCUGCUGCCACUACCUCGCUCAAAAUAUGUCGUCUGCGUUCUCCGUGGACGACUGUGAGAGCCCAUCACGAUCGCCCUCGCCUUUGGACCCAAACACUCAACAACUACCAGUCGGUGACGAAUAUGAUGCCGAUGUAGCACUCGCGUAUAGCGUCCGCGCCGCCACGCAGGUACAGCGCGGACUGGAGUCCAUAGGGAUAGGCACGCAGUACGUCCAAGAUUUUCGCAGAAUUCAAGAAAUUGGAACCCAUGAGAGAGUUGUCAUCGCAGUUUGCGGCGAUGAGAUCGUGCCUACCAGUGGUGCAGCAGCAUGCACAUCCGUUGUGACUCGUAUCCAGUACAGUCGAAAGGGUGAAUACCGCGCGGAGGUACAUUUCCUGACGCGCGAACAGUGGCAGGAGGAGCUCGCAGCGCUCAUUUCUGAUGUCGCCGACUCCGGUUUUGAGGCCGCUAGCAAGUCGAAGCGGCCCGGUGAUCCAGCCAAACUUGCUUGGGACAAGUUUCAUGCAGUCUACCCCACAAUUCCUGCCAAAGCGGUCCCUAAGCAAGACAUGGAGACUUUGUUAGAGGAACAUUCUGACGUGGCUCAGGUCUUGGGUCGCAAAGUCCGCAUUGUCGCCACAACAGCAAAAAAACUGCACAAGGACCUACGGGGCUAUUUACAGAGCCACAAAGACAAAUCCGCCUAUUGGCCCCUGAUCCUAUCCGUCGACAUUUUUUGCCCUUCCGACGCCCUUCAGACGGGCGCGGUGCUCGUCGAUCUCCCCGGGGUAGCCGACUUGAACGCCGCGAGGAAUAAAGUCGCCCAGGACUUCAUGGAGCAAUGUCACCACUUCUGGAUUGUCGCGCCUGUGCAACGUGCCGUAGAUGACAAAACAGCGCUCGAUUUGUUGAGCAAGGCCCUGCAAACUCAGAUCAGGCUCGGCAGACUGAAUGCCCAGUCCAUUACUUACAUUGCAACGAAAUGUGAUGGAAUUCGCGUCAAAGAAGUGAUUAGCGGGCUCAACCUGAGCAAGCACCCCAAGUAUCGCAGCAUCUCCGACCGCAUGACGCACCACAAUAAUACACGCCUCGCACAAGAGAAGGCUGUGGCGAAGAGUAAUGCCGCUAUUCAAGCUCUGGAAGACAGCUUGAAAGCAACACGACAACGACUCGCCCAGUUACAGGCUCCCUCUACUGUCACUGAAGGGGCCAUCCAGGGCGAUUGCGAGUCCGGCGGGGGUCGCUCACCAAACUCGACGUCUAAGCGCAAGCGCGCAACCUCGACUGUGUCGGAAGGAUCGAAAGCAACGGUGCCAAAGAAGAAGAAACGUGCAAUGCAAGAUGGGCGUGCCCGCGCAUUAGACAUACCCGGUGUCGCGGGCACUUCGAGACAUCUCGUCCAGGACCAGGAUGUGAGUAUCCAGAUAGCGGAGCUUAUCAAGACGAUAUCUCGUGAAGAUGCCGCGGUGAUGGAGCUCUACCGAAAGCACCGGGGGAUCUCCGACGCUUAUAGGGAUGCGACCUCUGCUUACCACCAAUGCCGAAAGGAGAUGCUUACGUUCUGCAACUCUCAGCGCUCUGCGUUCGUCAAGGAGCACCUCAAGGCCAGUUUCCGUGCGACGGUUGAGGAACAUGCGGACACGGAUCUUGGUACGGACCUGCCGGUAUUCACCGUAUCGUCCAGGGAGUACAUGCGCCAAAAGGGCCACACUGAAGGCGAAGACUGCGAAUUCACGUCAGUCGAAGACACGGGCAUCCCUGAGUUGCGGGAAUAUUGCCACAUUGUGACAUUGCCCGUACGCGAAGAGGAGGCCCGCCAAACUUUGCCGGAGCUCAGAGCUAAGGCGGUGGCGCUUCUCUCCUGUAUCGAGGGUGCACCUGAGAUCGCUGAAAAGGAACGUCAAGCUCUGCAGAAGAAGUGGGAAUCACUAUACUACCCCAAUUACGUGUUCUUAGGCAGAGGUUGGCGGGCUCACGAAUUCAACGAUGGGCUUGAGCUCCUUUCUGUAGAAGGGUUUGAUUGGUCAAAAACUGGAGUUGUUGCACAACUUCUCCAGACAUUCCGCAUCUUGACCGAUAGUUGUGUGAGCAGCCUGAGGACGCGGUUCUCGGAAUACCUGGAAGAAAGAUGUCUGGAAGGCGCUGCAGUUGCAUCCGAACUUGCGUAUUCUAACUCAGUCGAGUUCGCUGAGGGCCUUCACUUCCAAACAUUUCGAGCUGUUCUCCGACGCCACGGUGACUUUGGGGAGCAUAACCUCAACAUGUAUCUGACUACGCCACUGUUCUUGCAUAUUGCGAGCAGUUGGUGCGACCUUUUCAAGACCAACCUGUUUGCAGAACUCGAAGGCAAUACGAUCAAGGCAGUCCAAACCCUCUUGGACAAGAUCGUCAAGGGGGUACCCGAGUAUCUGAAGACGCGAGCUCGGAAGCAGGCCAACUCAUGCUCCGCGGAAGUGCGCUCGGCCCUCGAUAUAUUCAUGUCUACCGCGAAAACGGAGCUACAGAAGCAUCAAAGGAGUAUCAGCCGAGGCCUAACGUCCCACGUCCAAGAUGAGCUGCGUCAAGGCUACGAGGACGCAUUGCUCGUGAAGGGAAGGAAGACGACCGAGGCUCAACGUCAAGUGGUCCAUGACUACGUGCGCGAUAACGAGGAUACCAUGUUCGAGGACGCCGCGAGUGCCCUCAUGGAGCGUCUGGAUGAGGCGGCGAAUAUCAUCGGGACAUCUCUGCAGAGAGCUAUGCAGAAGGUCGCGAUGAAGGCAGAGAUCAAUCUCGCCGUCCUAUGGGAAGAACCAUUCGAGGACAAAAAACAUAGCAAAGCACGCGCAGAUCUGGUUCGCUUGCUUGGCACAAUCGUCGCCGACGUCGACGCCUUGAUCAGCGCAAGAACUCUUCGUGACUCUGCGUUGCAUGAAGAAGACGAACAUCCGCACGCCGGCGUCGAAUGCGAGGACGACGAAGUCACCGAUGACCAGGACGAGGAAGAAAACGAUGGCGAGGGCGGCGAAGACAACGAAUAUGGGGAGAAUGGCGAAGACGACGAUGGUCAAGACGACGAAGAUCUAGACGAGAGCGGCUCCGAAGAUGAGAGCGAUGGAGAGGAAGACGAGGAAGACGCUUAAGGGGCUGCGUGAGAAGAGCAUUGGACAUGAUCUUGUAAGAUCCGGCGGCGUAGCAUACUCCAAAGCCUGCCGUUCUCACUCUUCAAGUUCGUUUCGCCCGCCCCUCGCUGUCGGCCGUUUUUUUUUUCGCUUUCCCACAUGCUGUUUGUCUUGCUUGUUCGUUGUAAUGAUGUCGUUGCUCGCGCUCUGUAAUACCUCCAGCUUUUUUGCUUGCUACUCUGCCACACACACUUCGCUACUUUGUCCUCGCACUCCCACUGACGCGGUACCUACUAGAAUAUGUU